AUGCUGCAACCCACAUCUGAUCUGCUAAGCAUCUACCAACAGCAAACCGAAAUCAAUGAACUUCUUUCGAGGCUAGAACUACCAAUCUUGGUGUGUAUAGUAUCUGUGUGUGUGGUUUUCCAGGGGCCAGAGGUUGCGGGUGGCUCUGCAUCAAGGGAAAGCACUAACUGCAACAUCAACAUCCACAACCAGAGCAACAUCAGGCGGAAAAACAACAAAGAUGAGAAAUCGCUGGCUUCCUGGCUUCAUGAAGAAAUAAGUCUAGAGUGCCAGCAGUUGAGGAAAAACUUGUUCAUCUUCAGCUCUAACGAGCUAACGGAGCGACAAGCGGACCAACCGACUGAUGGGCGGACUGGCGAACAGUUGGACAGACGGACGCUCCGUUGGACGGACAACUCUGAGCGAUUCCACACAAAACGAGACGAUAGGUAAACAACAAGCAGGCAGCGGUACAAGUAGCAAGUGGCAAGUGCAAGUGUAACAGCAGCGGACUCCUGUACUUUUUUCGAGAUGGCCGCGUGAUCACGAGGUUUUCAACAACCUAUAAAUUAAUGACAACAAAUAAAUAAAUUGAUUCUCCCCUA